AAUCUAUUGUUUAUCGCAAUCAGUUACAGUGAAAAAUUGGUGAUAACACAGGCACUUACCAGUGUAUAUUAUAGAUAUUUCAACGUAUUGCGACAGUCAUUGGUUGGACAUAAAUUAACGCACAUUAAAAAUGGAAAUUCGCUCUUUUUUGAUCACUAUUUUAGUAGUCGCAUUUGCUCUUCUUCAUUAUGGAGAGGCAAAGAGAUGUUAUCAGUGCGAUUCGAAUAUUAGUAAAACUUGUGCAAGCGAACCAUCGUCGAGAGAAGAAGUAGAAUGUCCAACUAACGCUUGUGGUGUUUGUACUUACAAAUUGAACGGUGAUAAAGGUGUUGUUCGCGGUUGUGGCCGCUUAGAGUUGAGUCAAUCUAUAUCCGUAGAUAAUUGUUUUAUAUGUUCUGAAGAUCUCUGUAAUAAUGCUAAUAUGGUAACAAUUAGCAUGACAGCAUUAGGGUGCCUCGUAUCGUUUUGGGUGAUUCAGUUUGUCCUUACAAAUUCUUAUUAAUUGUUUAACUCACAUCAUAAAAAGUACGCCCUUAUAUUAAAAAAAAUAUUACAUUAAAUAGUUCUAUUUUUUUCAUUUUAUCUAUGCUAAUUAUUAUA